ACACCUAAAAAAACUGAUUCCACUGAUGUUCAAGCUACUAUGCGUCGAGUAAGGGAAGCACAAUUAAGAAUUGCAAAUCGAUUGAACACAGAUGGGCCGACGGCAGAUAAUUCCCCGACAUCUAUGAAUGAUGUUGAAAUGAUGGAUGCUAAUAACUCGCCAGCUGCCGAUGCAACCGUUCCUCGCGCAGUAGAACUAGAUCUAGAACAAGGAGCCGAAGCAGGCCUAGAAGACGUAGAUCAAGGUCUAGAGAAAGGGACGAUCCCGUUCAAGAGAUCGUGA